AUGGCUCUCUGCCUCAACCUGACUGGGCACGCUGCGGUGCUCGCUCCGCGCGCCGUGGCGCUCCCUGCCUGUCCACAUGGCGCCGGGGCCCUCCCGCUUCGCGCCACCGCCCCUCUUCCCCGCCCGCGCCGGGUGGCGGCGGCUCCCAUCCGCCCGACAAAGGCCAACGAGAUGCCUGCAGAUGCCGCGCUCUCGCUGGCGCUCAAGGCGGCGGAGGCUUCGCACAGCGCCGCCGCGUGCGCCGCCUCGGACGCAGCCGCUCUCGAGGGCGUCGCGCGCCAGCUCGGAUCGGGCGAGGGCGCCGCCACAUGGAGGGGCGCGGCCGCCGUCACCGCCGCCUCUGCCAAGGCGUCCGCCGCAGCGUCUCGCCGAGCGGCGGCCAGAACAGCCGCCUUGCGGGCCGAGGUGGCGCGCCGCCGCCGGGAUGAGACGCCCAAGCGAGCUCCAUCCGCAUCCCCGGCCGCCGACGACGAGAGGGCGGACGCAUCGUGCGAUUUGGAGGACUCGGGCACCGCGUCGGAGGAGCCGGCCGACCCCGCCUCGCUGCGGGCGCUGAGGCGGGUGCGAGAGCGCCGGAAGGCCUCGCGGGCCGCGGCUGCGAGCGCUCUUGUCGAAAGUGACGUUUCGACCGAGGGGGACGAUGGGCCGGUUGACGAACAGGGUGGGUCGGCCUCUGAGCCAGGCACACCAGAGAGGCGCGCCACAGCUGUCACUGCGUUGUCGCCGUGCAAGCCACGACGCAAGCGGACAAAGGCAACGACCGACGACACGGAUCCGCCCGCGGACGAGCAGGUCGCGUGCACCAAGCCCUCGCCGGCGGUGGAGGCGAUGGCCGCCGCCGCCGCCUUGGCCGCAGCGCAUCGCGUGCGCACGGUUGCGGCAGAGAAGCGGGAGGCGGCGAGGGCCAAGGAGGCUGCCGCAUGGCAGCGGCGUGAGCUGGUGCGGGAGCGCGGCGAGGAGCGCGAGAUAUUUCGCGCGCAGGUAUAUGCAGUCAACAAGCUCAUGCGGGAGAGGGAGGAGGCGCGGUUCGCCAGCUUUGCAAAGGCGGCAAGCGGUGCGGGCGGGGACUCGCAAUGA